AUGGCCACAGUCAUGAAUGUCACCCGCGAAAUCAACCAUCUGUUCCAGCCCUACGAAUUUGAGGAGGUCGAGGUCUUAAGGGUCUUUCUGGAGGAAUACUGGACAACCUCAUUCUCCAUAUCUGUCAUCUACUUGCUGCUUGUCUUUGUGGGACAGAACUACAUGAAGGCACGGAAGGGCUUCAACCUGCAGAAGCCUCUUAUCAUGUGGUCUUUCACCCUGGCCAUCUUCAGUAUCCUGGGAACAGUGAGAACAUGGAGCUUUAUGGGGACUGUGCUAUACAGGGCGGGUCCAAAAUACUCUGUGUGCUAUACCUCCUUCAUCGAAAAUUCUGCAGUCAGAUUCUGGUCCAUCCUGUUUACUUUAAGCAAGAUCAUUGAACUCGGAGACACAGCUUUCAUUGUCCUGCGUAAGCGGCCUCUCAUCUUUGUGCACUGGUACCACCACAGCACAGUGCUAGUGUUCACAUUCUUUGGCUACAAUAAGAAGAUGGCUGCUGGUGGCUGGUUCAUGACCAUGAACUUCGGAGUGCAUGCCAUCAUGUACAGCUACUACACUCUAAGGGCUGCCAAAAUGAACCCUCCCAAGAUGCUUCCCAUGCUCAUCACUAGCCUACAGAUCGUGCAGAUGUUUUUUGGAGCAUUCGUCAGCAGCCUGACUUACAUCUGGAGACAUGAACACGGAUGUGACAAAACCACAAUGGAACAGUUCAUCUGGUCCUCCAUUUUGUAUUCAACCUACUUCAUCCUGUUUGCCCACUUCUUCUGCCAAGCCUAUCUCACACCCAAGGACAAAAGCAAGACAAAAAGCCAGUGA